AUGGGUGUUGUAUACUUUGUCUUUUACGCACUCGGGAAAUGCUUGGAUGUUUUAUGUUUUGUGCUUGAUUUGAACUUCUGGAUUGCCAGCUCGCUGGUUCGGCUAUUGAGCAGCGUGGUCUCCUUUCUGAACAGCAUGCCCUCCCUGCUGUCCAGCUCUGCAGCGGAGUGCUGGAACCUCGCUCUUGUCUGCAUGCUUGCGGCCGCUGGGGGGCUCAUGAGUGUAGCACAGAGCUCUCUCCAUGCUCUGGGAGGCUGGCUGCAGGCACUGGGUGGGGUGCCGGAGAGUUUCAAGAUGGCAGGCCACCUUUCCUCGCACGUGCUCCUGCGUGCCAGGGAGCUGCUGCAGCGUGGUCUGCUGUCUGCCCACUCCGUGCUGCGGCAGGCAUGUGAGGGCUGCAGCAUUGCCUUCAGCCUGGCACUCUACCUCGUCAACACCGUUGUCAACAUGCUGCUCAUCGGCACACAGAACUGCUUGGCAGCAGUGGCCAGCAUGUGGGAGGUGGUGUCCAGCCCGCUGCAGAAAGCCCUCGAGCUUGCCCUCACGGUCCUCACCUUCCUGUACAGCAGUCUGGUGGCCGUCUCUGUUCUCCUGUGGACCCCCUGCCAGCUUGCCCUCGACUUCCUGGGCUCGCUGGGCCAUGUUUUUGUGACUGUGUUUCUGCUCAACCUGUACGGUCUGUUUCUCACAGCGGCUGUAGUCCUCGCUAUCACCGCCAUCUACCUGAACCCCCAGCUGCUUCAGCGUGGAGCACAGGGUGCCCUCCACUGCAUCACCACUGUCCCUGCCUUGCACCGCCUGCAGAGGGUGCUUUACCGGCUUUACCUGCUAGCACUGGAGCGAGCGCAGACUGCCCUGGAAAUGGGGGUUUGGCAGAGGGCAGCGCUGCCAGGCAGUCAGACAGGGCAGGACAGAGGUAGGGGGACAGCAGAGGACGGCGAGGGUGACGGUAAUAGGGUCGGCCCACAGCCAGAAGGUGCCCUGGAGCAGAGACCUGCAGGUAGUCCAGGCACGCGCACCCAGCUGGCCCCAGAGCACACAGGACAGGAACGGGGUGGCACCGACCCUCCAAGGCAGCCUCCGGCCACCCUCUGCUCCGGUGCAGACACACCUCUGCAGAAACUCCCCCCCACCGACAGCCUGCUGACGCUGCUCAAGGAGCACGAGGAGAGGAAGAAGUGUGUCAUCUGCCAGGAUUCCUUGAAAACUGUGCUGCUGCUGCCCUGCCGCCACCUGUGCCUGUGCCGGGACUGUGCAGACAUCCUGAAGCGCCAGCCCCCCCACCAGCACAGCUGCCCCUUAUGCCGGCAGGCCAUUGCCCACACCAUGGACGUCUACCUCUGA